UCAGCCUUUACUGAUGUUUAUUGUGCUGUUCUCAUCCUGUGCAAAUAAAACAAUUUGGAUAAGAACAGAGGGGAGCUUGUGAUGGUGUCUCCCCAUAUACUGGGUUAGUACAACCCUGGUAGGUGGGAUUGGCUCUGCGGGGAAGUCUCUGGCAGAUCAAUGAAUUCACUUUGAUGGCCGGGCUCUCAAUUUGAGCUAAGAGCCAGGGGCAAAGGAGAAAAAAAAGAGUGGCUUUUAUUUCUGCCAACGUUUUUUAUAUUCUAAUAUCUGCUGGAUAUCUGUAAACUUGUGGAAUUCGUGGGAAUCUGUGUCGUGUCCUGGAGAUCUACGAGUUUUCUCAGUGAUUUUUUUUUCUUCCCUGGACUUGUGAAAGUUAUCGCCAAAGUUGCCUUGUAUUGGGGAUUACAGACGGACGCAAUAUAAUAGCAAAAAAGGGUUUCGGUUUUCGGUCUUGAAAUAGGAAUGAUUUUUCCAAGUAGCAGUAACCCUGUGAGAACUCCGUAUAGGAAGCAGCAACCCAUUGUGCCUGCACAUCCUAUGGCUCCUCCCAGCCCCAGCACAACAGGCAGCAACAAUAACAGCAGUAGCAGCAGCAGCAGUUCGGGAUGGGAUCAGUUAAGCAAAACAAACCUCUAUAUCCGUGGACUUCUUCCCAACACCACAGACCAAGACCUAGUGAAACUUUGCCAGCCAUAUGGCAAGAUUGUUUCCACAAAGGCUAUUUUGGAUAAGACAACAAACAAAUGCAAAGGUUACGGAUUCGUAGAUUUUGACAGCCCCGCAGCUGCUCAGAAAGCAGUUUCCGCUCUGAAGGCUACUGGUGUCCAAGCACAGAUGGCAAAGCAACAGGAACAAGAUCCUACCAACCUGUAUAUAUCAAAUUUGCCAUUCUCCAUGGAUGAGCAAGAGCUGGAAAAUAUGUUGAAGCCAUUCGGGCAAGUGAUCUCUACAAGGAUACUCCGGGAUUCUAGCGGUACCAGCCGUGGAGUUGGAUUUGCAAGGAUGGAAUCUACAGAGAAAUGUGAAGCAGUGAUUAGUCAUUUUAAUGGCAAAUUCAUUAAGACGCUACCUGGAGUUUCUGCUCCAGCUGAACCAUUAUUGUGCAAGUUUGCAGACGGAGGGCAAAAGAAGAGACAAAACCAGAACAAAUACGUCCAGAAUGGAAGAGCCUGGCCUAGAGAAGGCGAGGUGAGACUUACCGGAAUGACACUUACAUAUGACCCCACCACUGCUGCUAUUCAAAAUGGGUAUGUCAGAAGGUUUUAUCCUUCACCAUACAGCAUAGCAACAAACAGAAUGAUUACCCAAACAUCUAUCACACCAUACAUCGCUUCUCCAGUAUCAACAUACCAGGUACAGAGUCCCUCCUGGAUGCAGCCUCCACCCUACAUCAUGCAGCACCCUGGUGCCGUGUUAACUCCUUCCAUGGAGCACACUAUGUCACUACAGCCCGCAUCCAUGAUCAGUCCCCUGGCGCAGCAGAUGAGUCAUCUUUCAUUAAGCAGCAGUGGAACGUACAUGCCCACCACCACAGCUAUGCAAGGAACUUAUAUCCCACAAUAUACACACGUUCAAACAGCUGCUGUUUCAGUCGAGGAACCCUCUGGUCAACAACAAGUGACAGUAGAAACAUCUAGUGAUCAUUCUCCAUAUACUUAUCAACAAAACAAAUAACUCUAAGAUGGUGUCGUGACCUUGCUUUCAGAAUCAAGGAGGCUGAAACAAUCAUGGAUUUUUUUCUGAUCAAUUGUGCUUUAUGAAUUGACAGUUUUGCACAGGUUCUUGGAGAAAAGAAAAACAUUAUUUAUAACGAAAUCAACACAAACUAUUUUUGCUAUAAGUUCUAUGUGGUGCAUAAAAAAAAAAAAUCCUUCAACUCAUCUAGUGGGCUGUUCCCCUGAACAGGUUUAUUUUAUUACGAAAAUUUUUAUCAAGUUCUAGAACACAAAACAAAAAAAAGGAAAACAGACUACGAGUUUAUUUCUGAAUAUGCACAGGUGACAUUUUGGAAGAAUUCACUUGCAUUACAGAAAAAUUUGUAUUUUCUUUUUUCUUUUUUUUUUAAGAUUUUUUUUUUUUUUAAUUUACUUUUUUAAUUUGUACAAACUUGUUUUUGUUUUCACUUUUUAAGAAUUUGUGUUUCCCAAAAGUUAACCAUUAUGCUGACAUAGAGUUCAGUGUUGCAUUGCAAAGCAAUGUCUUGCUGGGCUAUCUACCAUCAAAAUGGCUAAAACAAAAUGGCAUCUUUUGCGAUGUCUAUGCUUGCAGAGUGUGUGUUGCUGUAGUGCAGUGUUACCCUUUCCGUCAUUUUUUUCUCGUAGUGUGAAGUGUCUUAUCUUUUUUCAAUGAAUUCCAAUUUGCCUUAAACUUUCAAUGCUGUAGUUUUUUUCAAGUAAUUAGUAAAACAUAAAUUUAGAAUGCUUUGGCCAGGUAAACUGGUCAGUGAUGCCUUGUAAAACAGCAAGCAUAGGGCUUUUAGAAAAUAAAAUGCUGAAAAUCUGGCUUUUUUUAAUGUGUAAUAGGUGUUUUUAAUGAUUUUUUUUCACAUAAUCUGUAUGGUAGUAAAAUGCAGUGGGUGGGUGGUAGUGGGAAAAUGUUUUGUGUGAAACACAUUUUCUGAUGGGGAUGUUUUAAUAGAAAUGAUUGUUUGUAAGGCCUUAUGCCAAUAAUUUGCUCUGGUAGUUUAAGCGAUUUUAGGAAAUCUGCUGUAACAUGCAAUGUAAAAACUUUUUUUGCCUUUUUUUCUUCCUAACUAACUUGAUGUUUUAGUGUAUGUAGAAUAUAGGAAACAUGGGAUAGGGGAUUUGUUUAUGAAUGUUUUUGUUGUUGUUUUUUUUUGCAUUUCUUUAUAUGAUUAAUAAUUAGUGCUUUAGAUAAUUGAUUGUGCUCAAACCUAGCAAACAGAAAAGAGCUGUUACAGCAACAUGGCAAAAAGCUAAAGAUCUGUAAAACAUGAAUAAGCUGAGAUAACUGCAAUGUUCAGUACGUUGGGUACUAGCUCUAUAUUAAAUAUUAAAAAAUAAAAAAGCUAAAAAUGAUACUUGGCACUUUUAAAGGUAACUUUACCAAAGAACAAAGAGCCAGUAACCAAUCAGAUAAAUCUCAGCUUUUUAAGAUUUCUAUACUUUGUUUUUGCCGGACCAGUUUGCGGUUAGGAGAAUGUGCCUUUUUUUGUACAUUUGCAUUUUUUUUGUUUUAUAGUUUUAAUAAUUGUAUGGACACAAUAUAAAAGCAUGAAGGAAGACUUGGAUCCAAGCAGUGCCACACUUCACAUCGUCACUACAAGUAUUAAUUGUAAAGAAUAAAAAAACACCUUUUUUUUUUUUUUGAAACUAUGAAAUUCCUGAUUGAGCAAAUACACCAUUUUUAGUUACCUAUUUUUUAUAUACAUAUUUUUUUUGUAACACGUGAGAUCAAUCACUGCUCUUUAUUAUGGCUAUUUUUUAUUCUAAUCACAUAUGUAAAAGAAAAUUAUGUUGUCUUCCAGAACUGUGUACUCGCCUGGCCUCGUCAGCAGUGUGUGAUCAGUUAUCUACCUCAAAGUUUUAUUUCCUUUUUUAAUGGGACAGGUUGCAGGACCUCCCUGUUUCCACUGACCAAAUCUUCCUAGCUGGAGCUAGGCAAACAGUUUUAUUAUAUAUUUUUUUAUUUUGUUUCAUUUUUUUCCAAAUAUUUCUAAUAUUCAAACAGCACGUGUGUAUUUGAGUAUAGGUGGCAGUGACAUUUCAUAGUUUCAAAAGUAAUUGCUGCUCUGAGUUUAGAUUCUAGUAAAAUACAUAUUCAUAAAAACUGUUUUUUGCUUUUUUUUUUUUUUGGCAGAGGAAGAGACAAAGUUGUGGUAUAAUUGGUUCAAUGCUCCCUAGGAUUGAAUUGCUUUAGUUAAAAAUACCUUUUGCUGCUUGAAGAAUUUUGGUUAUUGUGAAUUCAGUGCUGGGUCUUUUAGCAGUAAAGAGGUAAACUUUUAGACUGUUUGCACAGACAAGGAAUCGUUUGUAAAUCCAAGCUUUUACAACAGUUAACUCUCAAUUAUGUCUUUUUAAAGAGACGCUGUGAUGUCUAAUGGCAGGCUCAAUUUAACAUUCUAACACACGUGUGUGUUUAUAUGUGUGUGUGUGUAUAUAUGUAUAUAUAUAUAUAUAUAUAUAUAUAUAUAUUUAUACACAAAGUUCAAAGUAAAGCGCACUCUCACCUUUUCCACAUCUGCCAGGGUGCCAACAGUUUAAAUAUAGAAAAGUAAUGGAAGCACUCGCUGGUCCUUUUCAAUUCUGUGAUUUUAUUAAUGUGACGUUUUGGGGACACACUCCCCUUCCUGUCUAAGGAAAGGGAGUGUCCCCCCAAAAUGUCACAUUAAUAAAAUCACAGAAUUGAAAAGGACCAGCGAGUGCUUCCAUUACUUUGCUAUAUAUAUAUUUAUGGGAAACAAAACUAAAUACAAUUUCAUAAUGCAUUUUAAAAACUUUUCAAUUUACUUCUGUUUAUUCUUUUGGUAUCCUUUGUUGAAAGCAUACCUAGGUAGGCUCAAGACUGUUUGUGGCAACAAUGUUUAUGCUACACUUUGUUGCAAACACUGCUACCAUGCCUAUCUCAGUAUGUUCUUUAUCUAUUUGGAUUAUGAAACUUUAAAGGGACACAAAACCCUUUUUUUUUUCUUUCAUGAUUCAGAUAGAGCAUACAAUUUUAAACAACUUUCCAAUUUAGACUUUUUUGUUUAAUUUGCUUCAUUCUAUUGGCGUCUUUUGAUGAAAGAGCAGCAGCACUACUUGGAGCUAGCAGAGCACAUCUGGUGAGCCAAUGAUAAGAGACCUAUAUGUGCAUUCACUAAUCAGCAUCUAGCUCCCAGUAGUGCAUUGCUGCUCCUGAGCCUACCUAGGUAUGCUUUUCAACAAAAGAUAAGAGAACAAAGCAAAUUAGAUAAUAGACGUAAUUUGGAAAGUUCUUUAAAACUGCAUACUCUAUCUGACUCUUGAAAACAAUUGACUUUCUUGCUGCUAGUUGCAACAAAAAUCUCUAAAAGUCUAUGGUAUUUUUUUGUUAAUACUAAGGGGCCGAUUUAUCAUCGGUCAUCGCUCAGCGGAUCAUGUCCGACAGACAUUGAUGAAUGCCGACAGCAUACGCUGUCGGCAUUUAUCAUUGCACAAGCAGUUCUUGUGAACUGCUUGUGCUAUGCCGCCUCCUGCAGAUUCGCGGUCAAUCAGCCGAUCAUAUAGGAUGGGGCGCAUUGAUGUCCGCAGCCUCAGAGCAGGCGGACAAGUUAUGGAGCAGCGGUCUUUAGACCGCUGCUUCAUAACUGAUGUUUCCAGCGAGCCUGAAGGCUCACGCAGAAACAGGGGCAUCAAGCUCCAUUCGAAGCUUGAUAAUUUAGCCCCUAAGAAUUAUGAUUACAUCUGGAAUGGGAAGAAGACAAAUAUUUAUCAAUGCAAGUCUUGAGGACAUGACGGCGUCCAUCUGACUAGUCAAUGUUUUCCACCAUUAACUUCCAAAGGGGACAUCAAAUCACAGCUGCAGAUACCUAAAUUCUGUGCCAUACUGUACUUUGUGUCUGGUUAAGCAUAGCCUCUGUACAUAAAGAAAUAAUCAGUUACUUAAACAUCACAUAGUAGACAGCCAUUAAAUUAUAAGAAAUUAAUUUAUGAAGAAAGACCUUUUUGUACAGAUUGAGAAAAAAAAAGAUUUUCAUAGAGAUAUCUAUAUGAGCAAGAGAGUUAAUUUUUUUAUUUUUGUUUUACUAGUGCCACAAACUUGCCAGUGGUAAAUUAUUUGUCCGGUAAGAAAAAAAAUCAGUAGUUAUGUUUAUAGAACGUUAACACCAAAAUAUGUUUUUGAACUGUAAAUUUGAUUAGAAUGUUAGCUUUUUUUUCUGUUUUUGUUUCUUUUGAAAACUUUUGAAUAAAAAAGAUCAGAAAGUAA